GUCCGUGUUUGAAGGUCUCUUACCGAACAAGAUGAAGAGGACGUGUGGCGAGACGCUCUGCACAGACAGACGUUCAUGGUUAGUCCAGAGCUCUGAGCUGAUUGGUCAGUUACUGUGUGUGUGUGUGUGUGUGUGUGUGUGUGUGUGUGUGUGUGAGGGAUAGGUUAGAAGUCAGAGUUUGUAUGACAGCAUCAACCAAUCAAUAAUGAAAAAUGAAUUCAGAGAUGAACUGGCUCAAUACUUCAAAGUACUUUAAAGUACUUGUUUUCAGGGUGUAGACAGGACGUAAUGUCUCUGAGUGUUGGUGGCGGGGCAGCAUCCCUCCAUCAUAGUAGAUUAAGAGAGGUGGAGGACAGUGCGGUGUUUAGUUGGAGCUUCUUGUCCUCUACAUCGGUGCCAAAGAGUGAGACAUCAGGGGGCGCUGGUGAGCUCACUGGCAGAGGUGUUCAGGGGCUCAGCCCUCUCUGCAGCAGCCCAGGGCCUCAGUCCGUCGUGUGGCCCCCGCGCUCUGAUGUAAAUGUUCACAUUUGAUAUUUUAUAUGAUAUAUGAUAUAUUAUAUGAUUUGUGCAGUUGCCAUGGUGAUAUACCGUGUUGUCGUGUAUCAGGAAGGCAUGUUCCUCUCCAGCGACGCCCACCGAACCGUCAUCCAAUUGGUCGGCAGCAGAGGGGUCAGUGAGCGCGUCCCAUUGGCUGAGAGAUUUAUCUGUCGACUUUUAAAGAAUUCAUGUUUCUGCUGCAAAUCCACCAAAGAAGAAGCAGAAUACAUGGUUCACUGUCCCACCAGCCUUGGAGCUCUGCUAUUGGUUCAUCUGGAAGCCCCGCCCACCACAGACAGCAUCUGGUUUUGUUCGAAGGUUGUCGUGACAACGCCGGAGGGCGGAGUCUCGUUGUUCCCCUGCUACCGAUUCGUCAGCCGUUCGACCUCGCUGGCUCUGAGGGAUUCGAUUGCGAAGUUCAUUUUUCACGACGUCCAACCUCUCCAACUGGAUCAGAGAGUCAACGAGCUGACGGAGCGACGUCGAACGUAUCGGUGGAGUUGCUAUGACGACGGUCUCCCAGAGACAAUGAAGGCUAAUGACAUCAUGUCACUUCCUGCUGAAGCUCGAUUCUCCGUAUCCAAGGCAACCGACAUGAUUCUGACUGUCAGCAAGGUGCUGGUAGAGUUGAGUCUUCAGAGCUUCCUGAGCCUACAGAACCGUUGGUCCGGUUUUCAUCAGAUCCAUCAGCUCUGCCAGUGGACUAGGACCCGUACCAGCAGAUUGGUGGAGCAUCUCUGGAUGGAGGACUGGUUCUUCGGACAUCAGUUCCUGAACGGAGCCAACCCGACUCUGAUUCGCCGCUGCACAGAAAUCCCGCCCAACAUGGCCGUUACCGAGGAGACGGUGGGGGCGUCGCUGGGGGGCGGAGCCAGCCUCUGUCAGGAAAUGGAGAGAGGAAAUAUGUUCUUGGUGGAUUAUCGGCUGCUGGACACUCUCACAGCAAACACUGUCAACAGGAAGCAGAACUACCUGACAGCGCCGCUCAUCCUGCUACACCUCAACGCCCGCAACCAACUGCUGCCCAUCGCCAUCCAGCUGAAGCAGUCACCGGGCGAAUCCAACCCGGUCUUCGUCCCUCAGGAUCUGGAAGCUGAUUGGCUGACGGCGAAAACAUUUGUGCGUUCGGCGGACUUCGCAGAUCACGAGCUGCGUUCUCACUUCCUGCACACACAUGUGAUGUCAGAGCUCUUUGCCAUGGCAACGCUUCGCAACUUUCCCAUGGUGCACCCUCUCUACAAGGAUUGGGGAGCAUCUCUGGAUGGAGGACUGGUUCUUCGGACAUCAUUCCUGAACGGAGCCAACCCGACUCUGAUUCGCCGCUGCACGAAAUCCCGCCCAACAUGGCCGUUACCGAGGAGACGGGGGGCGUCGCUGGGGGGCGGAGCCAGCGUUUCAGGAAAUGGAGAGAGGAAAUAUGUUCUUGGUGGAUUAUCGGCUGCUGGACACUCUCACAGCAAACCUGUCAACAGGAAGCAGAACUACCUGACAGCGCCGCUCAUCCUGCUACACCUCACGCGCCGCAACCAACUGCUCCCAUCGCCAUCCAGAUUGAAGGUGGCCCAGCCUCCUUACCUGGGACCAAUCGGGGCCACCAGCCUGGACGUUUCCGGGAAGUCUGCAUGA